AUGGAUACAGCUGGAAAGGUGAUCAAAUGUAAGGCAGCUGUAGCCUGGGAGCCCAGCAAGCCUUUGGUCAUAGAAGAAAUCGAAGUGGCUCCUCCCCGAGUCAAUGAAAUUCGCGUAAAGAUUGUAGCCACUGCCGUGUGCCACACAGACCUGUACCAUCUGUAUGAAAGAAUGCACAAAGAUGGCUUCCCUGUGGUCCUGGGGCACGAGGCUGCUGGGAUAGUGGAGAGUGUGGGCUCCGGAGUCACAGAGUUCAAGCCUGGUGACAAGGUGAUCCCCAUUUUUGCGUCACAGUGCGCUGAUUGUCUGUUCUGCAAGAAUCCCAAAACCAAUCACUGUGUUCAAACCUGGAGUGAGGUUCGAGAAGAUGCCUUGACUGCUCCAGACUCCAGGCUCAGCUGUAAAGGGAAGAAAAUCUUGCAGUUUCUCGGAACCAGUACUUUCUCAGAGUACACUGUGAUCCGAAAAUACAACUUGGCCAAGAUCCACCCCGACGCUCCCCUGGAUAAAGUGUGUCUCAUCGGCUGUGGGAUCUGCACUGGAUACGGAUCCGCUGUCAACACGGCUAAGGUAGAGAAGGGCUCCACCUGUGCUGUGUUUGGCCUGGGAGCUGUGGGUCUGGCUGCAGUUAUGGGCUGUAGCACCGCUGGAGCCAAGAGGAUUAUUGCUGUGGACACAAACCCUGAGAAGUUUGAAAAAGCCAAGAUUUUUGGAGCGACUGACUUUGUGAACCCCAAAGACCACAGCAAACCCAUCCAUGAGGUCCUGCAGGAGAUGACCCAAGGAGGAGUGGACUUCUCCCUGGAGUGUGUGGGCAGCUCAGCGGUGGUGGAGAGUGCCCUUCUUGCCACAGUCCCGGCCUGGGGCGUCAGCGUGAUCGUGGGCUACACUCGAGUGCAGAAGUUCACAGCGCGCCCAACGGACCUGCUCAGUGGUCGCACCUGGAAGGGGGCGCUGUUUGGAGGAUUUAAGAGUAAGGACGGGGUGACAGACAUGGUCCAGCGAUACAUGGACAAGAAGCUGAUGGUGGAUGAGUUUAUCACACACAACAUGGACCUGGGUCAGAUCAUGGAGGCUGUGGAACUCAUGAAGAAGGCUCAAUGUAUCCGAGUCGUCCUCAAGACUUCUCCACAAUAA